CUGAAUUAUCAGCAGUUAAGCUCAAGAUGUUUUUAAUAAUAUUGCUGCUGGUUGUUAGUGUGUUUGAUGGAAGUGAAAGUGGCUAUUUUGGGGAUCUCUUCAAGUGCAAUGAUCUGCUGCUAAGGUGUCGGGGAACUGAGUUAACAGCGGGAAAGUACGAUGACAUUGUACUUCAGAUUAAUCGAAACUGCAGUCAAGAAAUUGGAUCCCAGUGGAGCAACAUCACCCGAUGCGAAUUGGAAGCUACAAAAUGUUUAGUAACUCAGAUGAAUGGAAUGGAAUUAAAUUGUGAAAAUAUAGCCGACAUAAUGCAUUUGUGAAAGUUAAAUAUAAAAUAAAGAAAACUGUUAUUAUAUAUAUAUAUAUGAUAUGAUAUGAUAUGAUAUGAUAUGAUAUGAUAUG